CCCGCCGAGCCUUGUCCGGAGCCUCGCGUGGGGCAGCCCCCGGGGAGGAGCCCUGCCGGCUGGGACGCGUGCCGCGCACUGGCACGGCCAGGGCACGAACCAGCCUGCACGAAAAUUCUGUGUGUCCUCCUCGCUUGUUCUACAAUGAGUGCCAAAUCUGCCAUCAGCAAGGAAAUUUUUGCACCUCUUGAUGAAAGGAUGCUGGGAGCUGUCCAAGUCAAGAGGAGGACAAAGAAAAAGAUUCCUUUCUUGGCAACUGGUGGUCAAGGCGAAUAUUUAACUUACAUCUGCCUGUCAGUAACAAACAAGAAGCCCACACAGGCGUCCAUCACAAAGGUCAAACAGUUUGAAGGCUCCACAUCGUUCGUGCGUAGAUCACAGUGGAUGCUCGAGCAGCUUCGCCAGGUUAAUGGUAUCGAUCCUAAUCGGGAUUCUGCAGAGUUUGAUUUGUUGUUUGAAAAUGCUUUUGACCAGUGGGUAGCCAGCACAGCCUCAGAAAAAUGCACCUUCUUCCAGAUCCUCCACCACACCUGCCAGAGGUACCUCACGGACAGGAAGCCGGAGUUUAUUAACUGCCAAUCCAAAAUUAUGGGAGGAAACAGCAUCCUCCACUCAGCCGCCGACAGCGUGACCAGCGCGGUACAGAAGGCCAGCCAGGCCCUGAAUGAGCGCGGAGAGCGGCUGGGCCGGGCAGAGGAGAAGACGGAAGACCUGAAGAACAGCGCCCAGCAGUUUGCAGAGACUGCACACAAGCUUGCCAUGAAGCACAAAUGUUGAGAGCUGCCUAUUCUGGUGACCCUCUUAAGAGAAAUGGAAGAGUUCAUUCAGCAGUUUUUACAAGAAUUCCAAGCCUCUGCUUGCUUCUUUUUUUUCCAGUAUAUGGACAUUUAGGGUUUUUUGUUUUUUAUUUUCAGAUGUUAAUAUGAAAGAAAAAAUGUUGUGUUUAUACAUUUCCCUAAUGAUCUUGCUAAGAAAUGCUACAAUAGCAUCAGCUUCAUUGUGGUUUGGUUUUCUCACGUGUGUAUAUAUGUGUUUAUGUUCGAAUAUGUUUUCCUUUUUUAAAAAUAAAAGUUUUGUAGUUUGAAUAUGAGAUUUGGACAAAAUGAUAAACUGAAUUGGGUCUAAAUAGGCAACAUGUAUUAUUUUCCCUGAUAUUAAACAGAAAAACAUUUUCAUGUGGUGACAUCAGAUGUUAUUGUUCCUAGAUGAAAAUAAAACUCAAGCAGGAUCGUUUCACUCACUCUUGUAGCUUCUCUUAACUUGGAGGUUAAAAUUCUAUAUCCCGACAUAAGUGUAUUAUGGAAAACAGUGGGACUGAUCAGAGGAGCAGCAGUCUUAUAUUUUGCUCUCUGCGUAGUAAUCUUUUGCAUCAGCCAUCACCAGCAGUCACAAAAAACAAAUCAGAAUCAUGGAUAGAAAUCUGCUUUCAGAGCUACAGUUUAAACACCUCUGCUGCUUGUUUCUAGGCUGAUUAUUUGGAAUUAUCUUAUGAAGUAUAAAAAUUUGAAAAUAAAGACCUAGGGAAAAAUCUACUUUAAAACCUCUGUCUAUUUAUAGAUGUUUCUCUCUUUUGUUAUUGUCCCAAAUUAUGGUACCUGGUAUUGAAAAGA